UCAAGCAACAGCUUUGCAGUUACCGUAACCCUACAGGAGUUGAAGUGAUCCAGUAAAAUGAAAUUCACAGUUGCAUUCGUGUUGCUCGCGGUGGUGUGUGCCGUGUACGCCCAGACCGAUGCCGCUAAGGAUGCGGCGGAUAAGGUGAAGGAUAAGGUCGCCGUCCCUGAUGCACCGAAGCUGGAUAAGGAUGCCGUUACCACCCCCGACCCGAAGGACGCCACCAAGAAGGUGGAAGAUGCAGCUGGCAAGGCAAAAGAUCAGGCCGCCGAAAUCGGCAAGAAGCUCACCGACACAUUCAAGCUGUAAGAUGGUUCCACCGCACUUCAGCAGAGGCGGUUUAUCGUAGCUACGAACCAUCGCAAAACAUACCAUUCCGACACCAAAAACACAAGAAAGUCCAAUAAAUUGUGGCAC